CAAUACCCUAUUGUAAAUUCCCGUUUAUUAACUUAUUACACGUCAGAUGCACAAAUACACUCUUUCUUUUUCAGUGAACGACCACGAAAAGCGAUGAACGGUAAAAUUCCCUUUGCCUUUUGCCAAAUCCUCGCCGCAUUGGUGUUGACGGUAUGUAUACAGGCCACUGAGGCGAGACAACAGAUGUACCAUAGAGACCAAGUUUUACAGGUCACUCCCAGGACAGAAAAGGACAUUAGAUUUCUAAAUAAUUUGCUGCACAAGGGAAACAACCUCACGUUAGAUUUUUGGACCUACCCAAGCAAGCCUGGUAACCCUGUUGACAUUCAUGUGCCACGCAGCAAACUCCGGGAAUUCAAACAUAUUCUGGCCAAAAGAUCAAUCCCUUUUACGGUGAAAAUCAGAAACGUGGAGCGACAAAUCAAAGUUGAAGGAAUGAGGCCCCGUUCUGUUUCAUUCAAUGGAGCAUUUCGCUCAUAUGCUCAGAUCGUUCAUGAAAUGAAACGGCUCGAACGCUUGAAUAAAAGCUUAGUGGAAGUAUUUAGUCUAGGAAAAACCUACGAGAACAGGACUAUGUAUGGCAUAAAGAUUUCGUCAAACAUUUCCAACUCCACUAAACCUGUGAUUUUCUUAAACUGUGGAAUACAUGCGCGAGAGUGGAUCUCUAUUUCGUCAUGCGUGUAUGUUGCUAGAGAGCUGGUCCUCAAGUACUCGUCUGAUGAAUCGAUCCGGCAUUUAGUGAAUAGGUUAGAAUGGAUUAUAGUGCCAGUAGUGAAUGUGGAUGGAUAUAUUUACACUCAUAAAACGGAUCGCCUGUGGAGAAAGAAUAGAAAACCGAACGUUAACUCAUCAUGUAUUGGAACUGACUUAAACAGGAAUUUCAAUGUUAAAUGGGCCACGGUUGGAGCUGAUUAUGGAAAGCAUUGUAGUGAUAUUUACCCGGGAGAGCGGCCAUUUUCAGAACCUGAAUCCUACAACUUAGCCAUCUAUAUGUACUCCAUACGAGACCGGAUCAAAGCCUACGUUGACUUCCAUUCUUAUGGACAGUUGUGGAUGUCUGCUUGGGGUUUCGCAACAUAUUUACCGCCAACGUAUACCAAGAACUCGAUUGCAAUGAGACGCAUUGUUAUAGCUAUAUACAUGACCAACAGGAAAUAUUAUCAAUAUGGACCGGCAGCUAUUGUUAUCUAUAAGACUUCAGGUGACGCAACCGACUGGGUGUACGGUGUUUUGGGUGUCACGCAUUCUUAUGGAGUCGAGCUGCAACCAUCCAUCUUCUCUCAAAAGGGAUUCAUCCUUUCUCCUUCAUACAUUGAACCUGUUGGGAAGGAGGCAGUCGCUGGAUUGAAGACCUUGGCAUCCCAUUGCGGGGAGCAUGGUGAGUCAGAGAACGAAGCACUUAACGCCGCGAGAGGUUUUUACAGAUAUUUCCAGGUCAACAUGCAGGGUGCACGAGAAUUCGCUCUCGUUCUCCUGUUCGCUUUUGUUUUCGGCGAUCCUAAAUCAUUUGAAGGGCAUAAGCUUUACCGCGCUUUUCCGAAGAAUAAAGACGACGUGAAGUUUUUGGAUAACAUUCUCAAAGCAGGAGAGGAUGGUAUUGAUUUCUGGACUUAUCCCACCGAGUCUCUAGACCCUGUUGAAAUUCACGUCGAGCCAACUGCAAUCCAAAAACUUGAAGGUCUUUUCAAUGGUGCUAGUAUUUCCUUCCAAGUUUCACAAGAGGAUGUGCAGCAGGCCAUAAAAAAGGAACAGGCAACAUCAAGAGCUUCAGGAUUUGACAACAAAUAUCACAGGCUGGGGGAGAUUUUAAAAGGCUCUGCGUCUAACAAGAAAGGUCUGUUCUUCUUCAAUUGUGGAAUUCACGCCAGGGAAUGGAUAAGCCCGGCUACUUGCAUGUAUAUGAUACGACAGAUGUUGGAAACUCGAAACUCCAAUGCUGAUGUUCAGUUUAUGCUCGACACUUACGAGUGGGUAAUUGUGCCAGUGCUGAACGUCGAUGGAUAUGAAUACACACACACUAAUAAUCGCAUGUGGAGAAAAACGAGACGCCCAAUCAGUGGAAGUUACGGAGCUGAUCCGAACAGAAAUUUCAAUUAUCAUUUCGCAGGAGUUGGAACCUCAAGUCGUCCAAGCAGUGACAUAUAUACUGGAGAGCGACCAUUUUCCGAGAAGGUGACCUAUAAUGUUGGGAAAUAUCUGUAUGAACGCAGAUUUGAGCUGAAGGGAUAUAUUGAUUUUCAUGCAUACAGUCAACUGUGGAUGAGUCCCUGGGGAUACACCAAUGCCUACCCCCCUCAGUACGAUAAGAUGAGAAAAGCCAUGGCUGCUGCUGUCAAUGCACUCACAAAAGUGCAUGGAACCAAAUACGAUUAUGGACCGGCUGCCAUUACCAUUUAUCCCACCACUGGUGACACAACUGACUGGACAUUCGGUGUGUUAGGAGUAGUUCAUUCCUAUUGAGUGGAACUCCGCCCAAAAUCUUUCGGUCAAGGGGGAUUCAUACUUCCCCCGGAUAAGAUUAUCCCCGUGGGACAGGAAACGUUCGCAGGCUUAAAAGCCCUGACGAGAAACAUGUAGUCAAAGGAAACGCAACUUUAAGGAAAACAGAAACAAGUGUUCAACAGUUGAGGGUAUUUUUUCUGCUGUGAACUUCAUCUUUCAAUUUCCUUGAAAUUUUGAUGGUGAAUAAACUAUUAUUC